AUGGCCUCCGGCGCGGGCGAGGGUGCCGGCCGGCGGAGGCACCCCCUGCCACCCCCAGUGUUCACCAUUGCCAGCAGCCUGGAGUCUCCCGCGCCGUCCCUGCCCCCAGGGGUGCCCCAGUGGCGGGUCUCCCUGGGCCUGCUGGCCGCAGGGGCCACCGCGGGGUGCGCUGUGGAAGCAGCCCUGUACCCGCUGGACACCAUCAAGACGCGGCUGCAGGCCAUGCGCUCCGGUGGCGGCCUCCGCGCGCUGGUGCAGGCCGGCGGCGGGCGCGGGCUGUACGCGGGCCUGGUGGGCAACCUGGUAGGCGUGGCCCCUGCCUCGGCCAUCUUCAUGGCUGUGUACGAGCCGGUGAAGCAGCGCGUGCAGAAGGCCGUCGACGCCGACCGCGCGUGGCUGGCGCCACUGGCGGGCGGCGUGGCCGCGGGGCUGGCCUCCAGCGUCGUGCGCGUUCCCACCGAGGUGGUGAAGACGCGCAUGCAGACGGGGGAGUUCAGUAAUGCCCUGCGCGCGCUGCGCACCAUCGCAGCGCGAGAGGGGCGGCGCGGCGUCUUUGCCGGCUACUCCUCCUUCCUCCUCCGCGACCUUCCCUUCGACGCCAUCGAGUUCCUGACCUACGAGCAGCUGAAGAAGGGCUACGCCUCCGCCGUGCUGGGGGGACGCCGAGAGCUCAACCCUGCGGAGCACUCGGUGGCGGGGGCCAUCGCCGGGGCGGUGACGGGGCUGGCCACCACGCCCCUGGACGUGCUCAAGACGCGCAUGAUGAUUGACGGCGGACGCGGGCAGUACGCCGGCGUCGCCGACUGCGCGCGCCAGAUCCUGAGGGACGAGGGGCCCGCCGCGCUGCUCCGCGGCUGGCAGCCGCGUGUCAUCUGGAUCGGGGUGGGCGGGUCCAUCUUCUUCACCGUCCUGGAGGCCGCCAAGAAGCUGUACGCCCCCAAGGCGGCCGCGACCGGGGUCUUGGCCGGCGAGCCCCACCCCGCACCCAAGUAG